CUGGGGGGUGAGUUUUUGGGGGCCCCCCGGUAACGGGCCCCCCCCCAGUUCGGCGGCUCCGACAGUUACCGCGUGGCCACCACGCAGGACAAGGGGGGCGAGAAGGAGUCCCCCAAAAAGGGCAAGAGCAAGACCCGGGACCUCGAUGACCUCAAGAAGGAGGUGGCCAUGACGGAGCACAAAAUGUCCAUCGAGGAGGUUUGCAGGAAAUACAACACCGACUGCGUCCAGGGUCUGACGCACAGCAAGGCUCAGGAGAUCCUGGCCCGGGACGGUCCCAACGCUCUGACCCCCCCCCCGACGACCCCCGAGUGGGUGAAGUUCUGCCGGCAGCUCUUCGGGGGCUUCUCCAUCCUGCUCUGGAUCGGGGCCAUCCUCUGCUUCCUGGCCUAUGGAAUUCAGGCCGGCACCGAGGAUGAACCGUCCAACGACAACGUGAGCGGGAUUUGGGGGGAUUUCGGGCGAUUUUGGGGCGUUUUUGGGUUUUUUCGGGGGGAUUUGGGGGCUGCGG